AUGGCGUCCUUGAACUUGUUCGUCUCUCCAGUUGUCACCCCUCAAAGAAGAGCAACUCGUACUGCAGCCACAUCGGCUAAAACCUCCGGCGGAAGCACUGAGGAGAAGAGCAUUCUCGACUUUAUACUCGGGGGUCUGACAAAGCAAGAUCAAUUCUACGAGACUGAUCCCAUCCUGAAGAAGGUGGAGGAGAAGAGCGGCGGCGGCACAACCUCCGCUGGCCGGAAGAACUCGGAUGCGCCUCCGCCUAAGAAGAAGGAUGGCGGGAGCAGGGUGAAAGGCGUGAAAAAGUCAACUUGGCGUGGAGGGGCGUGGUCGCCGCGACGUGAGGAGGAGCUGUGCCGCGCCGCUGAGGGAUCUCACCAAUCUCUGGCCACCUCCUCCAUUCCGCAGGCGCCGGCCUGCUGCCGCGCCGUGCUUCAUUGGGGGACCGGCAAGUCAACUUUCUCGACGUUCACUGCUUCUGGUCGAGGAGUUUCUCCAAUCCCGGUGGCCAUGGCAGUGCUUUGCCAGGGUCCUUGCGUAGGUCGGGCGUGCUUCUGGUCGCCGUCGCCGUUUGCUGCCUUAGGGCGGAUGGUGGAUGAGCUUUGUUGCUGGCUAAAUCCUCGGGGUCAUCCCGUCUCCUGGUGCUGUGGCAGGUGGUUCGACGGUGGGGAGUUUCGGGCUACCGACAUUGGUGGUUUUUCGGGCUGCCGACGGUGGUGGGCUUCUGAUUUCUCUCGGCCGGUUUGUUGGGUGUUUUUUAGUUGGAACUCGCGGGGGGGCUCAGGGUGGUUCUGGUAG